AUGGCGGAUGUGACUUGGACGAGCCAGCGCCCUCAUCAUGCGCGGACCAGUAGUGCGGGUCACGCGGCUGAGGCUGACCACUGCUACGUCGGCACUCCCGAAGUGAGAUGGACUCGGGAAAAGGAUCGACAUAGCAACAAGAAGUCCUACUUCACGCCGAAACAAAGCAAAUCGGCAAGAAAAUUCCAUACUCCAAGGUCACUUCAGCUGAAGUUAUCAGACAUUUACGAAGGUAUCGGCGCUGCUGACAACUUUCCCAACAAGCUCAAGAAACUGGUUGACAGUCCCGACUACAGCUCCAUCGUCUGGGACCAAGAAGGUAAAGGAGUCGUCAUCACGGAGUUGGACUUUCGUGAGGAAGUUCUAAAUGAAACCUGUCACGUGUUCGAAACAACGAGCUUCAAGAGCUUCGUGAGGCAGCUGAACUUGUACGGCUUCCGGAAAAACGUUCCCGGCUGUGACAGGUCAAACAGUAAGGAGGUGCACACCUUCUACCACAGGUUUUUCACCCGAGACAACACCGUUCUGUCCAGGGUCGUGCGCAGGAAGAACACCAAGACGUCUCCCCAGGACAACUCAUUCGUCUCCACCGCCACUGAUACGCCUUCGGGCAGAAGUUUUCAUCGUCAACAAGAUAUUUCACCUGAAUAUGAGAAUGACCAUCCUACACCGAUCUACCGCGAGGACAGAUGCCUUCCCUCCAUGUCCCGUCAGUACCUGCCCAUCUGGUCACCCGUGGCUCACCGUUUCCACCGUUAUUCAGCGGCGACAUCUACUGGAAAGCCUGAGAAUAACACCAAGCGCACUCCCCUCGGCCGGCUCGACACAAAUGCCUGGGUUUCACAAUAUGCCAACCAGCCCCCAUGCCUACCUCCACGUCGUCUGUCUAAGUCUGCCGCUCUUCUCCAAAGCUGGUCCUGCGGUGAGGUAGACAGGGAAGGCCAUCUAGCGGACAAACUUUAUUACAGCAGUCUUAACGCUGAUGCCGAACCUGACUUCUACUGGUCAUCUAACGUCAUCAGGUAUGACGUACGACGCCUAGAUGACGUCGAAGACGUCUACUCAACGUCGUUUCUAAGCAACGACAGUGACGUUAACCAUGCCAACGUCGCCUUUGCUCUGGCGUCAGACGAAAGUCUCCUGAGUGACACAAGUUUCUUAAACUCCAGUGGUGAGAUAUCUCUGUGUUAUCAACCUGCUCAACCAGGGGUGGAUUACGUCAUCCCCGCGACCUUAGGUGACCCUGACUCCAUCACGCGGGAGGUGCUGGUCUCACUGCCCAUGCCUGAACUCACAGAUGAUCAGGACAGGGCGCAUGCGUGGCUGGUUUCCAAGGCGCGGGAAACUCUAGAGAAAAUGGCUGACGCCUUGUAAUGAGAUGGUAUUACAUGUAUGUCCUACCAGACUCAACAGCAUAUACGCAUUGGAGACGAUAGAAUGUAACAAUACUUUUGAGACGUCGAUGGAAAGGUCCAUUUAAAAACUAAUUUAUUGUUCGAGCUUCAACUUCCUAAGAAUGCAUUACAUGUACUGAAGCUACUUGUGUUUGAAAAGCAAAUAGACUUUUUUAGAAUUCCUUAGAAUGUCUCAAAUACUAGUACAUAAAACGGAAUUUACUGCCAGGGUUGCGCAAUACUUAUAUUUAUUCAAAAUGUAGUUAUGUAAUAGAAUAUAAUGUAACUUUGAUAUAUCAUAACACUUUCAAAUGCUAUUGUAUGAUAAUUUUGUAUACAUGAUGCACGAAGCGCUUUUAUGUGUGAUGUAUGCUGUUUAUUGACAAAUUGAUAUAAUGAAAUUAUAGGAACUGAGUUUUGAAAGUGCCUGUUUGGUAGCGUUCGUUGCCGCUUUCCUUUUCUGUGGAAUACUUUGUUAUUUCCGGGCACGCAAUCUGAAGCAUUGUAGACUUCCGGCUUUGUUUUAAAUCCUUCU